UCACUGGACAUCAUCUUCUCUUUCAACAUUUGGCAGAAGCCAUCCCUGUCUCAUUGUCUUUCGCCUCUAUACCCCCCUUUUUGAACUUUGGUGUCUUAGUCGUGUGCUUGCACAAUGUCCUUCACACCAACCAGCUCGGUUGUCGAUAGGAACAGCCUGAGUUCGCUCGACAGUGCGGAAAAGGGCCUGUGUGAUAGCGCACUCAAGUCGACAGCACCUGGGUUUGUGUACAUAGACCCGAAAAGGGCAUUACUGGCUCCCCCACCAUCAUUCCCAGUUUCUCCUGUACACCACGGCAUAACACCCCGUGCAAGCGUACCCGAUUUCUCGCUAGCCAGCCUAUCGUCAUGCCCAGUCUCUCCUGUACACCAGGGUAUAACACCAUGCACAAGCGUGCCCGAUCUGAAUCUGGGAGCAGGCGGACAAAAGCCUACCGAUAACAAGCCCAAGGCUACAGUCAAAGAGAUGGUUACGGAAAAGCCAAAAAAGCCCAAGAUCAGUCGCUGGAUUCUGUUCAAGCUCUGGUUCAACACGUACCGAAAGUUCUUCACACUCGUUGUCGUGCUGAACCUCGUGGGCAUCAUUUGCGCAGCAACUAACCACUUCCCUUAUGCCGAAAACCAUCUCGGUGCUUUAGUGUUAGGCAAUUUGCUCUGUGCAAUCUUAAUGCGAAAUGAGCUUUGGAUGCGCUUCCUAUACAUGGUUGCCAUAUAUGGUUUGAGCUGGACACCGAUUCCCGUCAAGUUAGCAGUGGUCUCCAUACUCCAACAUGUGGGAGGUAUUCACUCUGGAUGCGCCCUAUCUGGUGCUGCUUGGCUCGUCUAUAAGAUUGUCGACAUCAUCAAGUACCGCGCUGUGCAACACCCUGCCGUCAUUGUCAGCGGUAUAAUCACGAACGUGCUCAUUGUAAUCUCCAUCUUGAGCGCAUUCCCCUGGGUACGAAACACCUACCACAACGUUUUUGAGAGACACCACCGCUUUGUUGGAUGGCUAGGUCUUGCAAUGACAUGGGUUUUCGUGAUCAUGGGAAACACCUACGACAUCAAGCGUGGAGAGUGGAGAAGCGACGCUCACAGUCUUCUCAAUUCACAAGAACUCUGGUUUGCUGUCUUCAUGACAGUCUUCAUCCUCAUUCCCUGGGUCACACUCCGCGAAGUACCCGUCGAAGUUGAAAUUCCCUCACCCAAAGUAGCCGUUCUCAAGUUCGAGCGCGGCAUGCAGCAAGGUCUCCUAGGCCGUAUCAGCCGCACAUCCAUCAUGGAAUACCACGCCUUUGGUAUCAUCAGCGAAGGACGCAAGUCGGACUGCCAUUACAUGAUUUGCGGUGUGCAAGGUGACUUCACCAGAGGCCUUGUUGCCAACCCGCCGAAAACCGUCUGGACACGGCAAUUGAAAUUCGCGGGACCUGGACACGCCUCCGCCAUGUUCAAGCGAGGCAUUCGCAUCUGCACCGGCACAGGCAUCGGCGCUGCGCUCUCAACCUGCAUCCAAUCGCCCAACUGGUUUUUAAUCUGGAUCGGCUCAGACCAGGAGCGCACAUUUGGACCCACCGUCACGGGCCUGAUCCACAAGCACAUCGAGCCCGAGCGCAUGAUUCUGUGGGACAGCAAGAAGCGAGGCGGUCGCCCGGACACCAUGGCUCUACUGCGCGAUACGUGGAAGAGCUUCGGCGCCGAGGUCAUCUUCAUCACAAGCAACAUGCAAGGCAACGAUGAGAUGAUGCAGGGUUGUGCACAGGAGGGUAUGCAUGCUUUUGGCACCCUGUGGGACUUUUAACAUUUCAACAUCUGUGAUUUCCUUGUUUUUCUUUUUUUGGUUUGGAAGUGUGAACCCUCAAGUGCUGAGGUGAGGAUUGCGAAAGCGGCCGAGGAAGGUGAAAGUAAAAAAGAUUACGUCGUGCCCACGGUUUGAGCUGGAACAGGGAAUGUGGUGAAGGGAAGGGCUGAAAUGAUCGGCCAGGGGG